AUGUUGUGCGAGACUUGUGGACAGACAUUCAGCACCAGCAGUAAUCUUCAUCAGCAUACCAGAGAGAAACAUAGUGAUCAUGUAAAUAGUUUACAGUGUAGUUAUUGCCAGAGACCCUUCUUGCGAAGAUUUAAUUUGAAAAGACAUUUGAAUUCAGUUCACAAACUAAAUAGUGAACAAUUAGAAGCAGCCAUGCCCUCAAAGCGGAGACGAGUCGAGCGUGAUGACUUCUUUGAAUCCAGGAAACCUGUCUACGUUCAUAGCAACUUGUAUGAAGACAUAUCGUCCGAUGAGAACGAUGAGACUUACGGAGACGCGCAAGAGACUGAUGUGACCAAUGUGGAUUAUCUCGAUGAUAUUUCUUUUGAUUCAGAAUUGCCGUAG